AAAAAANGCAACGGCGGUGGAAGUGGCAAUACAUCAGAUGCAUCCAAAUACGAUGAUGAUGCGUACCGACAAAAGAGACAGAGAAAUAAUGAUGCAGUGAAAAAAACACGCCAGAAAUCCAAGGAGACGGCAACUGAACGUAAACGUAAUGUGGAGCGUUUAAAAAAUGACAAUAUCAAGCUCGAAGCAUCCAUUAAAGAGGUUAAGGAGCAUGUAGAAACUUUGAAGAAUUUGUUGUUGAACAACGUGCAAAAGGAGGAGCAGGAAGCGGUUUUGCAACGGAUUCUAAAUGAGCCAUCUGAUGACGAGGGUGAAAGUUUUGAUGAUACAUAAAUGAAUGGAGUUAGCGAGUUAGGUGAAGUAAAUUAUAAUAUAGUUUAAAUACUAAAUCCAAUAAUACAGCUAUUACUUUAAAGGGCAUGCUAAUUCUGAACUUCUAUGAUGGUAAUUUGCUUUAAAGCACCAUUCUUUAAAUCAAAACAAUUAUAAAAGAAUCUUUAGAUAUGUACAAAUAAAAAGUUAUAAAUUUUAAUAUA